CCCAGUUUUCCAAACAAUUCAUGGCCAACAUGGCGGACGGCGGAAGCAUGUGAAACAUGUUUGCUGUAUGUUGAAUACGAUGGUGAGAUAUUGUUCGCGGUAGUCUCAGUUUAAGAAAUUUUUCCGAGUUUCAGUUAACGUAUGUGUACAAAAAUGACCCUGGCGAGGAAUGUCCAUUGGUGUUUAUAAUCAUGAGUGGCUUUUUCUUAAGCAUACUAUUUCUCCCAGCUUUCUAAUUUUAAUUUGCCCUUUAAAAUUACUUUAGCUUCAUGAAAGUUUAAGCUAUCAAUACUAAUACUAGAUUUAACAUUUAUUUCUGAUUAGUAAUCUUAAACCAAUCUAAACAUAAUUAUCUUGACUAUAUAUCUUUUCAGUGAUUACCCCCCUAUCCUUGUGAGCAAUUGCAAGUUUGCAAUUAAAUUUUUAUUGCAAUAUAUUUAAGUUGAAAUGAAAGAAAACUUAAGCUGGCCUGAAUUUAAUGGCCAGUGACCUUCCUGUGAUGUAGCUGCUGAUCCUGCCUAAUACUAUAUAUUCUGACGUUUAGAAAAAUGUGCUGCCAGGUGCAGCAUAGCCUGAGUAAACAGCAGACAUUUUGGUCCACUGGUGGUUUCCAGGUGAAAUGAUGUCUGAGAAAUGAGUGCAGCAAUUCCAUACAGAUGAUGCAUCACUACUCAGAUCUGGGUACUGCUUCUAAUUGGUUGAAGCAAUUCUCCCAUGCGGCACAACCAAUCAGAAGCACCACCCAUAUCUAGGUGGUCAACACUCUACGUUGCGACCAUUUUGGUUGCCAUGGCACCUAAAUCUUAGGAGCUGGCGACUUGAUUUUUAAAAAAGUCUCCCUAAACCAAAAGAGUUGGUUGACAAAUGGCGACCAAGCAAAAACUUUAACUUGGAGGGUUGGACUGGUGAAGCGUCAUCAGUAUGGAAUUUCUGUGCUCAUUUCUCAGAUGUCAUCUUGCAAGGAAACCAGUGGUGGUGUUGCAGAAUGUUGCCUGUUUUCUCAGGCUAGCAGCAACAGCCAUUACAGGUUUUUACGAUUGCUCGCAUGCCUGCAGGUUGAACUCAAGUCAAUUUCUCAGGCUACCUUGUGGUUAAGACUAUGAUUGCCUCUGUUACCAGUGACUUCUGUUCUCAUAUCAAAACAGUAUCCUAGGCAGCACUGGAAGUUAUUUCAUAGGUAGGCUGACAGCAAUAUAUGAGAACCAGGGUUUACAGAAAGACAUUCCCAAAAUGUUUAUCAGUUUUGCAGUCAAUGAUUUUUUAUACUGGUUAUUAAUCUUUUGUUUUAACUCUAGAUCAAAGACUCAUUUCUAAAUGGAAGGUGAACAAAAUGAGCAUGAUGAUGGUGAUGCUACCCAAGAUCAGGGGGAUAACGAAGAGAGAUUAUUAAUAGAUAUUGAUGGCGAGGAACGUGUUAGCGGUGAUGGUGAAGAGGAUAAGGGAGAAGGCAAUAAAUUACCAAACGCGCAGGCAAUUGUAACAGGGGACAGUGGAUCUGUUAGUUCAGAGAGUUCAGAAAAUGAGAGAAGCAGACCACCACAAGUCAACUGUCCUGAGUAUAUUGUAAGUAUGGUUGCAAUGAUAGGGACCUUAAGGUAGGCCGCUUCCAUGUACUGGAAGGGAUAAAAUAACUAUAGCUAUCCCUUUGCUGGAAAUAAACAUUGACUGCCUCUUUCCCUGGUGAAAUGGCUGGGCUAUAGCUAGCAGGUAGUGUAAUGAUGCCAUUACCACAUUUAUCAGGGAAAUCAUGGUCGCGUGUUAUAUAACUAUAUGGAAAACGUCUUUGCCUACCCAUACCUGUGGGUGAGAAUGGUUUAUCUAACGUCCCCAAUAAAAAAUAAGGUAGAUUAUUCAUCCCAUUAACUCUGCAGGAGUAAUGACUUUAGCACAGAAUUGACCGAAAAAAGCCGUUUAUCUCUGACAUAGCCCUUUUAAGUACCAAAAAUGCUAAAGAUUGUUACAAGCAUAUAAGUGAAGAGGUCUCACCUGUUCUUCAGAUUUUGUGCCUGGAUUUGUCACCAGAAACCAAGUCAAUGUCCUUUCAGUGUAAGAGUGUUCCAGACAGGUAUGUCAGUAUCCCUAACACAUAAUUAUACAAGUAUUCUUUUCCUUUAGGUUAUUAUGGUCACUUUGGGUUCAUUAUUAUGCGUGUAUUUAAAGCAUACAGUGAAUGCACGAAGUACAAUGACUGAUAUCAACAAGCUUAUGAGAUAUUCAUAACUGGAUAAAAGAUGAGCACAUAAUUUAGAGUGUUCACAUGCAUGUGGCAUGGAGACUACGAACAAAAUGUUUAUGAAAAAGUAGCAAACAGGCUUUGAAUCAAAUCCUGUUUCAGCAAUUUUUAAAUCAAUAAAAAUAAGGAAAUCUUUAGAAAUUUCAACCAAAUUUAAUACCAAAACUCUUUGUACAUUUUUUUGUAACGUAUAACGCCAGUUAUAAGACAAAUGGAGUUACAGGGGUCAAAUAAUAAAGCCAAAAAGGCGACUAAAUCAAUGAAUUCACAUCAAAAAACACAGGAAUACAUCAAAGGUAUUAGUCUCCUUCACUUAUUUUAAAGAAGAAAACGUCAAAAUGGUAUUUAGCAUUUGCAGACCUCAGUAUUUCAUUUCACAUACAGCGUAUCAAAGGUCACCUUUAAAGUGAAAACAACUCUCUUGUGAGAAAGAGAGGAUAUUACAUGGCCGCGCGGAGAUACAAAAUUUCUCUUCGAAUGUUGAAAAAUACACAAGAAAAGAAGUUUUGUAUCUCCAAGCGGCCAUGUAAUGUUCUAUUUAUUAUAUACACACCAAUGAAAUACCAAACCAUUUCACUCUGAUAGUUUUUCGGUGUGAAAGGUGCGAUUUAUUCUGUAGCCAUAGCAACAGUGAUAUUUUCACAUGUGAAGAUAUCAAGUUUUCACGCGAAAGCUCACCUGGUAUUUCAUUGGUGUGUAUAUAAUAAAGUAAAUUACAUUCCACCCUCAUAAUGGGAGCUUUGGAUGCCUGUGGUGCAAGUUAAGAGAAAAUCUGUCUGUUGUUUUUCCAUUCAACAAAUAUGAUCUACAACUGUAACUGUAACUGUUACAACUGUACUGUAACUACUGCAGCUUGCUUGGGGGUCUCAUGUGGAAUAAACUAUCAUAGAGAUCAGGUUGGACUAACAAAAUGUAAAAUGAGUCAGGCCCAAUUGGAUUCACAAUCACCUCAAGAAUGGUUUAGUUUUGCACAGUAUUUUGGUCUCAAGGGUCCCUACCCAGCUUAAAAUAGAAAGAUCUUUAGCAUCUCUCAUAUAAUUAAUACUGUAUUGUACUAUGAUAAGCGCCCAGGCCCUUAUUUAAAAUUAUAGCUACCGCUGUAAAAUGAGGGUUACUCAUUGGAAGGUGGGAGGUUAAUCAAAGGGCCGAAGUUUAAGCAUAAUGGCGUUUGUUUACUAUCAUAGCCGAGUGGGUUGGGUGCUUAUUUGGGGGAGGGAGCUUAUUAGAGCAUGGGUACCUCAAUUCAAGGAAACACAUUAGGCCAUUUAUACGAGGAAAAAUAAGAUGCGUCUUACAUAAGACGCGUCUUAAAUAAGACGCGAACUGUACCAUUUAUGCGAGCAUGUCUUAUUGAAGAUGAGAACAGCUCGUAUAAAUGGUUCGCGUCUUAUUUCUGUUCUUGACUUGUUUUCAUGUGAAUGUUGCCCGUAACAACGGCAAUCCAACGUGGCGCGCCAAAAAUUAACGCGUGCCUACUAUGCAUUCGUGUCUUAUAUAAGACGCGAAGGUCAUUUAUACGAGGUUUUUCUCGUCUUAGCUAAGACGCGUCUUAUCUAAGAACAGGUGUUAAGGGCUGUUCUAAAAGAAGACGCGUCUUAGCUAAGCCGCGUCUUAUUUUAGACAAAAUGUGCCAUUUAUACAGAAAGUUCGCGUCUUAUUUAAGAUGCGUCCUAUGUAAGCCGCGUCUUAUUUUAGACAAAAUGUGCCAUUUAUACAGAAAGUUCGCGUCUUAUUUAAGAUGCGUCCUAUGUAAGCCGCGUCUUAUUUUAGACAAAAUGUGCCAUUUAUACAGAAAGUUCGCGUCUUAUUUAAGAUCGUCCUAUGUAAGCUUGGCGUCUUAUUUUAGACAAAAUGUGCCAUUUAUACAGAAAGUUCGCGUCUUAUUUAAGAUCGUCCUAUGUAAGCCAGCGUCUUAUUUUUAGACAAAAUGUGCCAUUUAUACAGAAAGUUCGGCGUCUUAUUUAAGAUCGUCCUAUGUAAGCCUUGGCGUCUUAUUUUAGACAAAAUGUGCCAUUUAUACAGAAAGUUCGCGUCUUAUUUAAGAUGCGUCCUAUGUAAGCCGCGUCUUAUUUUAGACAAAAUGUGCCAUUUAUACAGAAAGUUCGCGUCUUAUUUAAGAUGCGUCCUAUGUAAGCCGCGUCUUAUUUUAGACAAAAUGUGCCAUUUAUACAGAAAGUUCGCGUCUUAUUUAAGAUGCGUCCUAUGUAAGCCGCGUCUUAUUUUAGACAAAAUGUGCCAUUUAUACAGAAAGUUCGCGUCUUAUUUAAGAUGCGUCCUAUGUAAGCCGCGUCUUAUUUUAGACAAAAUGUGCCAUUUAUACAGAAAGUUCGCGUCUUAUUUAAGAUCGUCCUAUGUAAACCAGCGUCUUAUUUUAGACAAAAUGUGCCAUUUAUACAGAAAGUUCGCGUCUUAUUUAAGAUCGUCCUAUGUAACCAGCGUCUUAUUUUAGACAAAAUGUGCCAUUUAUACAGAAAGUUCGCGUCUUAUUUAAGAUCGUCCUAUGUAAGCAAAGGCGUCUUAUUUUAGACAAAAUGUGCCAUUUAUACAGAAAGUUCGCGUCUUAUUUAAGAUGCGUCCUAUGUAAGCCGCAUCUUAUUUUAGACAAAAUGUGCCAUUUAUACAGAAAGUUCGCGUCUUAUUUAAGAUGCGUCCUAUGUAAGCCGCGUCUUAUUUUAGACAAAAUGUGCCAUUUAUACAGAAAGUUCGCGUCUUAUUUAAGAUGCGUCCUAUGUAAGACGCGUCUUAUUUUUCCUCGCAUAAAUGGCUCUAUUGUUUUGUAUUCUAUUAUUUGAUGAAUUAUCAAUGAAAUAAGGUGUACAGUGUACUCAUAUUAAUUAUGAUUUCGUAGGUCAAUAUUUCAACUUGUCCAGAGAUCAGCAGGGAUCUUUGUGAAAACCAAGUCAAAAAUGAAUCCCCAUCACCAGUUUUCCAUCAUGGUUCUAGAUGAUAAGGCUUCUUGGGUAAGCUCUCUAACAUAUUCGGUUUUCUACGGUAACCAUGGAUUUGCAAAGUUGAAGCAAUUUUUCCAUGUGCAUGUAAGGGCCACGCCCUGCAUUUCAUCUACAAUGAAAGGCACUCAAAAUAAUGAUUUGUGUCAUUUCUUCACAGUGGCAGAUCCAGGGGGAGGGGCUGGGGUGGUCUGAACCCCCCUUAUCAGAGACAAUUCAAAAAUUUAUGCUGGACUUUGUUUAAUGACCAAAUUUCAUUUGCAGCUCUGUGAGAUAGUGACAUGAGUGCUUGUAAUUAAUACUUAUUUGCAUUUUACCUUUAAGGUAUUAGAAAGCUACUUUGAUCACUAAUAGCUGACACUUUUUGCUUUUAGUACAAACACUUCACUAGUGAUGUGGAAGUCAUCUGCAGCACAUUGAAUCGGCUGAGUCCUGAGGAUACGAUUUUAUCGCAAAGUCAAUUUGGUAUCUUUUUGAAAGUAAUACAAACUUGAGAAAUGGAGCAUUUCCAGCUGAAGGGCUUGCUAGGUUGAAUUGAGCUACAUGUACCCCAAAAGUGUGGUUUUCCACUGGCUGAGGAACGAAGGAGUAUAGGUUCAAGUCUGUGGGAGGUCUUCAGGUCACAGAUGGCAUUUCAGAGUUCAGUUAUUUUUGUUGCCUUCUGCCGUUGCCUGACCUGCCCUGCCCACCUGCCAUUUAAGUGUUUUCAGGGUUGUUGUAGGAUCUUAAGUUGUGCCUUAUUUCUGGUUAUUCUUAUAUCUAGGAUUAGUUUCAUGUCAGCCAUUUAAUUAGCUCUCUUUCUGUGCUGUAACACUAACGAAUUGUGAUGUUGAUAUAAUAGAGUUUGGGCUGCAUGGCCGGCUUCACAUGGCUCCCAGUUGUGUGUGAGAAAAAGUUAUAUUGUAGAUCAUGCAGUUCUUGUUGAUGUUUAGUCAUUACAUUUGCCACUUUAACAUUGUCCAUGAUACACCUUGUUUGACUCCCAACAUUGAUUGCAUUAACCACCCUUUCAAAUUUCCACUGGGCAUUAUAGUUAUCCCAAGAGAAAUUCAAGACAAAGCUUAUGCAAAAUUUUGUAGGGCAAACAAGGUGUAUUAUGGGCAUAGCAAUAGUAGCGAGCGUUUUCUUUUGUGAUAAUGCAUAUAUAUGUAACCGUUCGAAAUUAAAUGCAGUUCAAUUCAAUUUAAUGUUGUUAACAACAAGGAGCUGUAGUCUUGUUAGCGGCAUUUUGACAUGUUUUUGAUGGUGUCUGGUCAGCGUCUAUUCUAGCACAGCGUGCAAAGAAAGUAGUGUCUGAUAGCCCGGGGCUACUAGAUUUUGCUAUUGGGCUAGUGAAUUCUGUUAUCAACUUGCCCAAUGGGCAACUGAAGUUUUUUGAGGAAUACUAAUUACAGAAGAAAUGUGAAAUCAAUCUGCUCAUCAAAACGUUUUUGGGGCUAGAUGAAAUGAUGUUUGGGCUAGUAAAUGUUAGCUUCAGCUUGUCCGAAUGGCAAGCUGUAAAAAUGACUUUCUUUGCACCCUGUAGCAUAUUGUAACGCUUGAACUGUUUACAUGUUUGUGGAGCAUCAGGGUAGGCCACACAAAAUUCUAUUGAAUCCUUUAAAUUGUCUUGUGAAUUGUGUCCAUUUUAAAGAACCUUGACUUUUCCUUAGAUAUGUGCGACCUCUUUGAAGCAAUGUAAGUAAUAAUAUUAAGAGGGUGGAUGGAAAAAGUCCUAAGUACAUGAAACUUGUAAUAUUAUUUUUUCAAAUUCUCCCUUCAUUUUACAGGAAAUGAAAUAAAAUGUGUAGGGAGAAUCUAAACUUGCGUCAGAAGAUACUGUUACUGGCUGUUUCCCAGUCACUCAUUCGUUAUUUAAGUCUUUUUUUCUGAAUAAUUUUUUCAGUGUCAGGUAGUACAUUGUUAAUCUUAGGCAUGUUCUUCUCCUUCUUAUCAGCAAGGAAAACAUUAGUUUACCAGAAGUAGAAGACAUCUUGCUUCCUCCUCCUUGCGUGUUUCGACUUAUUUUAGUGUAUGGACGCUCGCUGUGCAUGCCCAAAUUGUCUCCAGAAGGCAAGCAGGUUUGUUUAUGUCUUUGUUCUGCCAAAUGUUUUGUCUUUAAGCAGGAAGUAGAUGUUUAUGAAUCUACUACUUAACACAUUUGUCCCUGAACUGGGCGUAAAGGCCAAUGCAGAUCCACAUCCAUUGAAACCCUUAUGAUGUAAUCAGUUUUAACAGUCAGGACAACGUUGUCAUCUAAAGCCCCAUGCAAACAGAUGGAACAUUUUUGGAGGUUACUGUACAUGUUGCAUCCGUUUGGACACCCAGUGUUGCAUGUUGCUGCCUGUUGUUGUGUGUUGUUGGGAGUUGUUGCACAAAGCUUGAAAUGGUUGAACAUUUGAAGCCAACAACUCCCAAUAUUUCUUUUGUUCCAUGAUUGCCAAAGCAUAGCGCAACAAUGUUGGAUCCGUUUGCACACUACUGCCAACACGGACAAAACAACUCUCAACAUUGUUGGGCCAAAACAGCUUGAUUACCUUUUUGGCAAACUUACUUGAGAAUAAUGCUUUACAGGAAAUUUAGGAAAAUUGAGCCUUUGCUAUUCAAAAUAAUAAUUAUUUUAUUAAUAAUUAUUAUUUAUAAAAUCAACAUUUCCGUGUUUAAUUUGUUUCAGAUAUUGUCAUCACUUCUGGUGUCGCCAUAUUUCUUUCUUGAUGUAUUGUACGUUCAUGAGCUACCAUCUGAGCUUAACCUUUGCAAAGUGAGUAGUAUUGAAUGUUACCAUAAAAUUUUCAAAACAGGUUUUUUAACUUAUCAGGUUUAGGAUUAAAUGAAAGAAUAAUCUAAUAUGGGGUGGAUUCAUUUGCAACAUACCCGUAUAGCUGUUGCAUUUGCCUGUUGGAAUUUUUUACUGUUUUUAGGUUACAAACAUCAGGGGCACCCAACGGCAAUUUUCAUGAAAAUACCUGUUCGGAAGACGAUUUGAGAUCUAGAAUUUUCGGAGCAUUUGCUCUAAAAUUUCUUGCUUGCCUGCCUCUCCUAGGAUUUUCGAACAUCUACAAAAUGGUAUAAUUACCCAUUUUUAAGGGAUUUUGACCCUAAAAAAGGCCACCUAGAAUUUUCGGGAGCCUUUUCCUGGCUGAAAUUUUCGAGAAGGUAAGUUUUUAUCCCUAUAAUUUUCGGAUCACUAGACUUUCAUCUAGGAAAUCCGAACAGAUGAAAAGUUUUUAGGGUAUAAAAAUAUGCCUAUAUCUACCGUUUGAAUAAUAAAAAAAAGUUCAACAGUGCUAUGUUAAGUGGUUUUGAACUAUAUCCUCGUUGGGUGCCCCUGAAACAUGAAUUAAGCAUACAUGUACAUGUACAUGCAAAAAUCCUCAGCUCGCAUAUAGCUCGGCUAAUCGAGGUGGGCAGAGGAAAAAAUAAAGUAAAUCACUAGCAAGAGAUUGAGGAUCCACAAGAAGAUUGACGGAAGUUAUUACAAUACAAUAUAACAAAAUUACAAACUUAUUUUAAAUUUCGUGUCAUCUUGCUAAGGUUUUUGGUGUCAAAAUAAGUAUCCUCCAGGAGAAUAAUGUAAAGAAGCCUUAAAUUUGGGUUUAGGGAGUUCUCGGACACUUUGAGGAAUACUUUUCCACUGAGUGUGAUUUUCCUCGGGUCCCCUCAUAAUUCUGACAAUAAUGAUAAAAAUUAUAAUCAUCGUCAUCAUCAGCUUUAUUUCUAUAACGCCAUUUCUGCUAAUUAAAUGACCUAAAAGGGCUACGGAAAGAUUCUAUGGCUGCCAAAAAGACUAAAGUCGAGAAAAUUUUCUAGUUUUUUGAUUGAUUCAUACUUAAAAGAAAGUGUAUUUAGAGCGGUUUAAAGAGAUGAAAAUUUCUAAACUAAGUACAUGUAUAUGAAAGGGGCACCAUUUGUCAAUGUAAGGUAUACAAAAGAGGUACCUUUUCCGUCAAAAAUGGUACUUAACUCAGCACAAAUUGAUGAGCUUGGGAACUAGUGCCUCAAAGAUUAGCGGGGUGCCAGAUGCCAUAGGCGCUGGGAGGUAUCCAUGGCAACCCUGGAGUGCGGGAACCACCCAAACGAGCGCCCACUAACAGGCACCGUCACACUGAAAUUCAGUGGAAAUAACUUACAGCUGUACCUGAAAAGAUACUUACCCUCGCAACCAAAUGCAAAAGAGGGAGGGAGGAGAGAGCGCAAGAAUCCACAAUGAUUCGCAAUAGCUAAGCUUUUGAUCCGCAAAGAUCAGCUGAUAACACUGCAUAUGUAAAGCAAUGAACCUUGAAACCCUGUGAAACCUCUAGAGGCCACCCCGAAGGUCAUGUGCUGCAGAUGAGAAGGACUGUUGGCUGCAUUUGCUCAAAUUUAACUUUACUUGAAUGAUAUUUAGCCACACUAUAAAAGGGUAAGAGGUUGGACCUCAGUGCGGAUCUUCCCCGUAUAAAACUUUGUUGAGUAUACCCCCGGCCGGGUAACUCCCUGAUCCUUUUACCUGCUUCCUCUGCAGGAAGUCUAUGAUUACUUCUGUGACAUGGAUGAAGAAGAAGAAGGCUACAUCCUAGAGGUGUCACGCAGUACUACACGUUUGUUUGACCACAUGGCUGCGUUACUUGCCCAUCCUUUGCAAAGACCAAAACAGCGUGACACGUUCUACAAACUAACGCCAAGGGAAGAGACAGAGUCUAUCGUGUAGUAGAGGCCUGCGUUCACUGAAAAUGAUGAGAUUGGCGGGGGAAUAGAAAAUAAACGUUAUAAUGAACUUAGCUAUGCAUAUUAAACCGAUAACGCUAUCUAGGGGAAGGGUACCUAUGAAUAACGGCGCCUGCUUUCGAAGUGAAGAUGUCAACGGAAUGAAAAUCGAGGGGACGUCUUCACGUGUGUUUCUUAGCGAAUUUUUUUCCAAUGGAAGGAAAGGGAAAGACGAGCAGAAAUCAAGAUUAAACUUCAUGUAUUCAUGUUACUGAGAUGCGCCUCACAGAGAGAAAUGAGGGGUGAUGAGGUUUGAGAUGGGGCCAGCCUGCAAGAAGUGGCGCUAUUUUUCGCGUUUUUCAUUUAAACAUGAAGCGAACGUGGAGCGCGAGACACGCGCGACGGGGGGAAGGAAGGCGCGGCAAACUCAACGCGUUACGUUCCGGAGGCUAAUGCGGGGCGGGCAACGUCUUCGCCGGACGUCAGGUGCUCCUCGUCCUUUGAAUUAUAGCUGGAAAAAUAAGUGUGGGAGAACAGGGUGUGGAUGUCCGGGAGAAUGGGGACGGGUUGGGUACGGGAGGUGGGAGUAGAAAAGUUCUAAAGUGGUGGGAAGCGAGAGAAAUAGGGGGAAUUACGCAAUAUUUCGCAGUCGAAAAAGGGCUAAAAUGGAGGAAGGCAAGCAAAAAGGCCCGGGAGCUGGGGAUGUAAGAUACGGGAGGCAGGAGGUUUGGAUCGGCUCCUGAUUUUUGUUAUAGAGGUUUACUUUUUAGAAAGAGGGGAGUGAUUAAUUUGGGAAUGAGUUGUGGCGAAGACCACCCAUGUCAGAAAGAUAGGUGCACCCCUAUGUUUUUAGUAAAAGGAAAAUAAAAAUCGGGGUUUUACCUAUAUUCCGAAUUUUACGGUAUUGUACGAGUUGUUGUCUGAAGCUUUUAUUCUCCGUAGUCGUUUUUGUAAUUAUUUUUUGUGAAAGUAGAUACAAAAACGUUUUAGCACUCAAUUACCGGUUAAUCUAAUUACGUCGUAUUUUAGAUUUACCUAGUAACCCUUUGUGAUCAACAUGUUAUCUCCUUUAUGAUAUCAUUGCAGUGGCGGAUCUAGGGGAGGGGCCUGGGGGGCCCGCCCCCCCCUUAUUUUUUGACCAAAAUAUAGCGAAUGAUUCGCAAAGAUACAGUGUGUUGAUUUUUGAACAAUUCCUGUGAGUAGGAUGUGAAAUGUGCGUAGAGCAGUAUAAAGAAAGUGUAAGUUAAUAUUACGGCCUAAAAUGGUAAGGUGC